AUGGCCGUCGAGGUCGUCACCUCCGAGCUGGUGCCGCCGAGCGAGCCCACGCCGCGGCGGGCGCUCUGGCUGUCCAACCUCGACCUCGCCGCGCGGAACGGCUACACCCCGACGGUCUACUUCUUCCGUCGCCGUCCCCAGGACGACCGCCCGCAGGCGAACCCGGACUUCUUCUCGGCCGACGUGCUGCGUGCGGCGCUGGCCGCUGCGCUAGUCCAGUUCUACCCCUUUGCCGGCCGCCUCCGCCGCGCGGGCCGCGACGACGACGGGCGCGCCGAGAUCGACUGCAACGCCGCGGGCGCGCUCUUCGUCGUCGCGCGGUCCGCCGCCGCGCUCGAGGACUUCGACGGCUUCGCGCCGUCCAAGGCCAUGAACGACACGUUCGUGCCGAAAUACGACUCCACGGCCGGCCCCGACGCACCGUUGCUCCUGCUUCAGGUCACCUUCUUCAGGUGCGGCGGCGUGGCGCUCGGCACGGCGAUGCACCACUUCGUCAUCGACGGUCGCAGCGCCUUCCACUUCAUCCGGACGUGGGCCAGCAUCGCCCGCGGAGACACCGCCGCCGCCGCGCCCCCGUCGCUUGACCGCACGCCCCUCCGGGCGCGCCCACUGCCGACCGUCCACUUCGACCACACGCACGAGUACGGCGGCCGCACCUCCAGGCCAGCAACGACCGGCGGCGGCAAGGCGGAGUACGCCAGCGCGAUCCUCCGCGUGACCGGCGCGCAGGCCGCCGCCCUCAGCGCCCGCGCGGGCGCGGUGUCCACCUUCCGCGCGCUGGUGGGGCACGUCUGGCGGUGCGCGUGCGCGGCGCGCGCGCUGGCCCCCGACGCCGAGUCCCGCCUCUACACGAUGGUGGACAUGCGCGCGCGCCUGUCCCCGCCGCUGCCGGAGACCUUCUUCGGCAACGCGGUGGCGCGCACCUCGGUGUCCGCCCGCGUCGGCGACCUCCUGGCCAACCCGCUGGAUUUCGGCGCGCGUCGGCUCCGCGGGGCGACGGGGCACGGGGACGAGUACGCGCGGUCGCUGCUGGACUACCUGGAGACGGCGGACCUGGCGGCGCUACCGCGCAGCGGGCUGGCCGGCACGGACCUGCGCGUGAUCAGCUGGCUGGGGAUGCCGUCGUACGACGCGGACUUCGGGUGGGGCGAGCCAGCGCUGCUGGCGCCGGCGCUCAUGUAUUACCCAGGGUUCGUGUACCUGCUGAACUGCCCCGGCAAGGGUGGUGAUGUCGCCGUGGCCGCCGCGCUGGAGCCCGAGCGCAUGGAGCUGUUCAAGGAGCUCUUCUACGAGGAACUGGCCAUGCUGGACCCUGCCCCCGUCGCCUCGACGCCCUUCCACGGCGACGUCUCCGUCUCGUUGAUCGCAACUGGGACUGCUGCGAGGACGUCGCGGCCAGGCGGGCAGCCGAUCCUGACUGCCUCAUACCCUGAAUUUAGUUCUCCAGCGUCACAGCAGUAUUUCACACGAAAGAUGUGUGCCGAGACUGGAAGCUUGCUUCUGUUCUGUGGUUGGCAGGACACGGAUCUGCGACGGCAGAGGCCUAGGGAUGCUGGUGGUGUAUUGCUACCGAAAUCUGCUGUUAAGUUUGAGAGAUAUCUGAUGGGUGAGGUUCUCUUCCCGGACAUCAAUGCUUAUGAGGUGGACCUUGGUACCGAUGAGAAGCACUGCUUCUGCCAUGAGUCAGAUUUGUUAGCUGUAGUUGAAUGA